AUGCAUGGCAUCUUGGAGGAUUUUCACAGUGUUCCCGCCAUCCUUUUCUCCCUUGGAGGAUUUUCAGGAAACCACUUCCAUGACUUCAGUGACCUGGUGAUUCCACUAUAUACAACUUCCAAACACUUUGAUGGAGAAGUGCAGUUUCUUGUGACAGAUAAUAGACCUUGGUGGAUCACCAAGUUCAAAGGAAUACUCAGAAAGUUAUCUAGAUAUGACAUUAUUAGCCUUGAUAGAGAACAAAAAAGCCAUUGCUACCCAAGCAUAAUUAUCGGCCUUAAAUAUCACAAGGAACUUGGUAUUGAUCAAUCCAAGUCCCAAGACCAGCUAUCCAUGAAAGAUUUCAGGCAGUUCCUGAGAAGCACCUACUCGUUGAAGAGGAGAAACGCAAUCACAAUAGGAGAUGAUAUGGGUAAAAAGCCUCGACUACUGAUCAUAACCAGAAGAAAGUCUCGAACAUUCACAAAUAUGGGCAAAAUAACUAGAAUGGCAGCAAGCUUGGGCUAUAAUGUAGUUACUGCAGAGCCUAAUAUUUCGACCAGCUUGUGGAGUGUUGCUCAAACAGUGAACUCUUGUGAUGUAUUAAUAGGCAUCCAUGGAGCUGGACUAACCAACAUGCUCUUCCUUCCUGACAAUGCAAUUCUAAUUCAAAUAGUUCCCUUAGGGUCCAUUGAUGGGCUGGCUAGAGGAUACUUCGGAGAACCUGCCGUAGAGAUGAACUUGAGGUACUUGGAGUAUAAAAUAAAGACAAAAGAGAGCUCUCUGAGCAGUAAGUACCAUCUGGAUCAUGUGAUUAUCACGGACCCUUUAUCGGUUCAUAAACAGGGAUGGGACGCAGUAAGGUCAACAUAUUUGGACAAACAGAACGUCAAGCUUGACGUGAGGAGGUUUAGAACAGCACUGUUAAAAGCUCUAGAGUUGCUUCACCAGUUGAGCAUGUAUACUUGA